AUGGUCGAACCAGUGAAUAUAUCAGAUGAUAAUAUUGAAUUAAAAGUAAUUUAUACUCCUAUAUCAAUUGGUCGUAUGAGAUUAUGGGUUAAUUUUGAACGAGCACUUGAAUCUACACGAUUAUAUGGAUUUUCAGAUAAAGAAAUCGAUGAAAUAAAAGGUAUUUUUGCUGAUAAUAAUUUACCAAUAUUAGCAUUAACAUUUCUUGUUGCUGCUUUUCAUACUUUAUUUGAUUUUUUGGCUUUUAAAAAUGAUAUUAAUUAUUGGAGACAUAGAAAAACAAUGGUUGGAUUAUCAUUACGAACAGUUUUAUGGCGUUCGAUUAGUAAUGUUAUUAUUUUUCUUUAUUUACUUGAUUCGGGUGCAAGUUUAUUAGUUCUUAUUCCAUGUGGAAUUGGUUCAUUAAUUGAAAUUUGGAAAGUAACAAAAGCAUUAAAAAUGAAAAUUCGAUUUAAUGGUUAUAGACCAAUGAUUACAUUUGGAGAAGUAUCAAAAGAAGAAGCCGAUACAAUGUUACAUGAUUCAACGGCUAUGCGUUAUUUAUCUUAUCUUCUAUAUCCACUUUGUAUUGGUUUAGCUGUUUAUUCACUUAUUUAUAAUAAUCAUAAGAGUUGGUAUUCAUGGAUAAUUAAUUCACUUGUUAAUGGAGUUUAUGCUUUUGGAUUUUUAUUUAUGAUGCCUCAAUUAUUUCUUAAUUAUAAACUUAAAUCUGUUGCUCAUCUACCAUGGAGAGCAUUUAUGUAUAAAGCAUUCAAUACAUUUAUUGAUGAUCUCUUUGCGUUUAUAAUUACAAUGCCAACAGCUCAUCGACUUGCAUGUUUUCGUGAUGAUUUUGUUUUUCUUAUUUAUUUAUAUCAAAAAUGGCUUUAUCCGGUUGAUAAAACUCGAGUAAAUGAAUAUGGUGAAGCAUUCGAUGAAUCAACGAAACCAAAAACUGAAUAA